ACCUUCUUCUCUCCCACACGCCCCCCCUUCCCACCCGCUCCAGGACCCUCCUCGCUGACCCCACCCCCACUCCCGGGAUGGAGCAGAUCGAGCCAGCCCGGAGCCCCCCGCAUCCGGGGUGACGGUCCUCCGCCCCUCUCGCGCCUGGUCCCCAGCCCCGAGAACCAUGGGCCUGAGGGGUUUCCGAGGCGCUGGACGCUGAAGAUGACUGAUGCUGGAGAUUUGAUGUUGGACAACUCAGGAUCAAAGGUUUUCAGAAAAGGCCAAUGAUGGUGAGAUGACUCCUCUUCCUGGAGAGAGUUCUGAGGGCAGCUCUCUUGAGUCAUGGCUUCUUCAAAGCUCCGAGAACCCACAGAUGAGGUUUUUGACCUAGACUUGGCCGUGCCAGAGACCGUCAGACUGGACAGCAGUCUACACAAGGCCCGGGCCCAACUACUGGCCAAGGGGCGGAGACACAGGCCCUCCCGCUCGAGGCUUCGAGACAGUGCCAGCUCUGCCGAGGAUGGUGAAGGCUCUGAUGGGCCUGGAGGCAAGGUGACCGAGGGCUGCGGGAGCCCCCUGCACCGGCUGCGCUCCCCUUUGCACUCUGGCCCCGGGUCGCCUGCGGGGGGCUCUUUCUGCCUGGAACCUCCGGGAUUGCGGCGCAGCUUAGACGAGGACGAGCCGCCGCCCUCACCUCUCACACGCUACCGGCCUCUGCACAACGCUGCCUCGCACGAGGGCCUGGCCGCCGCCUCCUCUCCGCCACGCUCGGCGCCGUCCUCCGACAGCUCGCCCAGCUUCGUGCGCCGCUACCCGCGCGCAGAGCCGCACAGCGAAGAUGACAGCCGGGAUGCCAGCCCGCCGGAGCCCGCCAGCCCCACCAUCGGCCUGGAUAAGAAGACUCGCCGGAAGUUCCUGGACCUGGGCGUCACCUUACGCCGAGCCUCCACUAGCAAGACCAGGAAGGAGAAGGGCAGCAACCGCCUGUCCAUGGGCAGCAGGGAGUCGGUGGAGGGGUCCAGCAGGGCAGGGAGCUCCCCAUUCCUGCCCUUUUCCUGGUUCACAGACAGUGGCAAGGGCUCGGCGUCCUCCGGCAGCACCACGUCCCCUGCCUGCUCCCCUAAACACGAGGGCUUCAGCCCUAAGAAGUCAGCUUCUCAGGAAUCCACCCUGAGUGAUGACUCCACACCCCCCAGCAGCAGCCCCAAGAUCCCAACUGGUCCCCGGCAGGAGGCCAAGUGUUCCUACCCCUACCACACGCUGUCCCAGUCUUCAGAUGAGUUCCUGGAUGAACCUCUCCCUGCUGUCCAGCACUGGACCAGCCAGCAGGUGGGCCAGUGGCUGCACAGCCUCAACCUGGAGCAGUACGCUGCCGAGUUCGCUGCGCGGCAGGUGGACGGGCCGCAGCUACUGCAGCUGGACGGCAGCAAACUGAAGAGCCUGGGGCUCAGCAGCGCGCACGACCGGGCGCGAGUGAAGCGGAAGCUGAAGGAGCUGGCAGCAGCCGCUGAGAAGGAACGCAAGGCCCAGGAGAAGGCUGCGCGGCAGCGCGAGAAGCUUCGGCGCAGGGAGCAGGACGCCAAGAAGAGCUAGGGCGGGGGAGGCCCUGGCACCAGGCGCAGGCCGCAGGCUCCCCGGGCGCAGGCCUCACCUAGAGGCAGGCCUGUGCCCACAUCCUCAGGGGGUACACACCCUCUCCCACCCUGCCACGCUGCUGGGCCCAGCUCCCCCAGGAAGGGAGACCAGGGAGAGGGGCCAGUAAUAAAUCCAAUUUCAAGGACUUGUUUGGCAGAGUUCCUGGGGGCAGGGGCACAGGCCGUUUCUGAAGCACUUCUGGCGGCCCUGAGGUGCCUGGGUCAGUCUGACCCCUGCCCUCAGGCCGGGGUGGUGCAGGGCCCUGACAUGGCGCCAGGGGCCCGGGCGGAGGGAGGUUGGGCAGCUUGGCAGGGGUGGGACGGAGCUGCUCUCUAGCUCUCUACUGGCUGUGUGCCGGGGGCUGUUCUGCUCCUCAGGGAGGAGGCAGUGCAGCAAGUCGCACUCAGGGUAGUGUCCGGUCCACACUCCUCAGCAGGAGAGCGGAGGGCAGCAUGGUUACCCCAGCAAGCUUGGCAAGGAGACAGACGGGGAAGAAAACCUCCUCCUCCUUUCCCUCACUCUUCUGGGUCCCACUGGCGAGUGACUUUGCUGGGCUGCCCGAGUGCCCACCUGGCCUGGCCUGGGCCCACUUUCCAAGGGGGGACCUACUUAUGCUCUGGGGAAAGAGCAAACACAGGAGCCGGUGGGAAGAGACCCUGGCCUAGGUGGUCUGAACUGGAAAAUCCGUAAGCCAGCAGGCAGAGGCAAGAUCUUGGAGGCUCCUGGGAAGCUGCUAGGUUAGGAGGUUCACCUGCCCUCCCCCACUGCCCUGGUCCCUGUUGGGGCCAGCCCCUGGGUGGGGGUGCUAGGUGUGGUGCAGUCAGCAGCUAGCCUUGCUUCCGUGGCACUGGCCAGCCACCAGUGGGGGUCAGGGGCCUCGCUUAGCAGCGUGCGCCUCUUGCUGCUGGGAAGCUAGGUGCAGACUCCCUCAUUUCUGCCCUGGGACGCAGCCUGCUCUCCUGUUCUGCUGUCUGUGGGGAGAAGGGCUUCUAGGGGAACUGCAGCAUGGGGCACUGGCACCGCCAGGGCCUGGUGGAGGGGCCGCUCGGGAGGUUGGGGGGCGCCGUCCAGAGCUGUCCAGGUGCCCACCUGCAUGUGACGGGGGAGGUGGUGCUCAACUUACUUCAAUAAAGGCUUACAAUGUG